GUCCUGCCUUCCCUUUCUUAGCGAAUGAUUGAAUGGAAAGCAUCUGUUUACCUCCACUAGAAAAGAGGGCGGAGUGGUGCUCUACCAGCCCACUCUUUGGCUUAGCCUAUCUUAGUCUUGGUCCGAAGGGAAGGGGGCGCUUCCAGAUGACUUGUUUUAGUCAAGUGCCACUACAGUUGCAAAGAUGGCUGUGCUAAGUUCGUUUCCGACCGAACUGAAGCGACUGCUGGAGAAAGAUCCCUACUUGACUCCUUUUGAGCAAGACUUCCAGCGCAGGUAUGAUACAUUUCAUCGCAUAUUAAAGAAGACUGAAGAAAACGAAGACGGUCUCAACAAAUUCACAAAGAGUUACCAAACAUUUGGAAUCAACAGAUUCAUAGAUGGAGGAUUAUACUGUAAAGAAUGGGCUCCUGGUGCAGAAGCAGUAUUUCUUACUGGUGAUUUUAAUAACUGGAAUCCAUUUUCCCAUCCAUACAAGAAAAUGGAUUUUGGGAAAUGGGAAUUGUUCAUUCCACCUGGACCAGAUGGGUUUCGCCCUGUUUCUCAUGGAUCCAAACUGAAGUUGGUGAUAAGAACCAAAACUGGAGAGAUCCUUUAUCGCAUUUCUCCUUGGGCUAGAUACGUAGUUCGUGAGGGUACCAAUGUGAAUUAUGAUUGGAUACACUGGGAGCCAUCAACUCCAUAUAAAUGGAAACAUCCCAUUCCUAAGAAACCCAAAAGUAUGAGGAUCUAUGAAUCACAUGUGGGAAUUGCUUCCCCUGAAGGGAAAAUAGCUUCAUAUAAAAACUUUACCUACAAUGUGCUUCCAAACAUCAAAGAUCUUGGAUAUAACUGUAUUCAGCUGAUGGCUGUGAUGGAACAUGCUUACUAUGCAAGUUUUGGUUACCAGAUCACAAGUUUUUUUGCAGCAUCAAGUCGAUACGGCCCUCCAGAUGACUUGAAGGAACUGAUUGAUGUUGCCCACUCAAUGGGAAUCACAGUUCUAUUAGAUGUUGUGCACAGUCAUGCAUCAAAGAAUUCUGAAGAUGGCCUGAACAAUUUUGAUGGUACAGAUUCAGCAUUUUUCCAUUCUGCUGCUAGAGGAACACACGUUCUUUGGGAUAGUCGACUUUUCGACUAUGCAAACUGGGAAGUCCUGAGAUUUCUUCUCUCCAAUUUAAGAUGGUGGAUAGAAGAGUAUGCCUUUGAUGGGUUUCGAUUUGAUGGUGUAUCAUCUAUGCUAUAUCACCAUCAUGGAAUUGGUGAAGGCUUUAGUGGAGAUUACAAUGAAUAUUUUGGUAUGCAUGUUGAUGAAGAUGCGGUGGCCUACCUAAUGAUGGCAAACUACAUGAUACAUAUUUUGCAUCCAGAAUGUAUAACUAUAGCAGAGGAUGUGUCUGGAAUGCCAGCACUUUGUUGUCCAAUAAUUGAAGGAGGAUGUGGAUUUGAUUACCGGAUGGCCAUGGCAAUUCCUGACAAAUGGAUUCAGAUAAUUAAGGAGCGUAAGGAUGAGGACUGGGACAUGGGAAACAUUGUGUUUACUUUAACAAACAGGCGAUAUGGAGAGAAGUGCAUUGCCUACGCAGAGAGUCAUGAUCAGGCCCUUGUUGGUGAUAAGACUUUGGCUUUUUGGCUGAUGGAUGCAGAGAUGUAUAACUAUAUGAGUGUUCUGUCACCUUUCACACCGGUUAUUGAUCGAGGAAUACAGCUUCAUAAAAUGAUACGACUCAUUACUCAUUCUCUUGGAGGAGAAGGCUACCUCAAUUUCAUGGGAAAUGAAUUUGGACAUCCAGAAUGGUUAGAUUUUCCUAGACAAGGCAAUAAUGAAAGCUACCAUUAUGCAAGGAGACAGUUUAAUUUAGCUGAUGAUCAGCUUCUUCGCUAUAGAUUCCUAAAUGUGUUUGACAGAAAUAUGAAUAAAUUGGAAGAAAAGUUCGGCUGGCUUGCAUCACCUCCGGCCUAUGUGUGUGAAAAGCAUGAAUUAAACAAAGUUAUUGCUUAUGAAAGGGCAAAUCUGCUAUUUAUAUUUAAUUUUCAUCCAUCCCAAAGUUACACGGAUUACCGUGUAGGUGUAGAAACACCAGGAAAAUAUAAAAUUGCCUUGGAUUCUGAUGCUCCAGAGUAUGGAGGACAUAAUAGACUGGAUCAUACUACAGAAUUUUUUUCUCAGCAGUAUUCACAUAAUCAUCGAUCUAAUUCUCUUUUGCAACCCAAUGCACUGAAUGAAAGUGAUGGCCAAAGCCGAGGACACCACUACUUGAAGGUAUACAUUCCAAGCAGAGUGGCAAUAGUGCUUCAAAACAUGGAUAUUCAGAUGUAAAGACUUGCAACUGGCUCCAUUACUUUGAAGGCCAAGUAAUAUUUGAUGAUAAUGGCAUCCAAAAUAUUGUUUUUUUCUGCAUAAGUGUGUGUUCAUAACUAAGAAAUUUAAAUGAACAUUUAUUUAUUCAUAAUUACAAAUAUACUAUAAAAUGUUUAUUCAAAGAGAUGAUCUAUAAUCAUGAAAGAACAAAUGCAUUAUGAACAAUUUGUAUUACAGAACUGGAUUUCAGAAACAGUUUGUUCUCACAUAAAGAUUGAAGUAUGUUACAAGGCAUGUUCAAAAAUUGAUUGCAGUAUUCCCAGAUUUAUUCUAAUCACAUGUAGGUGUAUUUUUCUCAUUAGAUCCCAUUUUGUUUUAGAAAUAAGUAGCCAUGAGAUGCACUAACACUGGAUUCCAGAUCUAAGUUGUAUUGUGUUUUCCUGAGAUACAUUAUUACAAGGAAAAUACGGUUUGUUGAAAAACUAAUAAAUCCUUUUCAUGGAAAGACCCCAACUAUAAAGGAACCUCAUUGAAAGUACAAUAUUGAGCUCAUAAAUUUAGGUCUGCAAAAAUAAAAAACUAUGGAAUGUCUUUUAAAAUGUGCUUAUUUUUAAAAAACUGUUACAAAAUAAAGUUAUUAAUUUAUGUAUUCUAUCUAGAGUGUUAGGACUCAUUCAUUCUUUAUUUAUUGG